CGGGAAAUGAUGGACGGCGAUGCGCCGCGGCGGCGACCCUGGGCCACACAAAAUCCUUCUUCUCUCCGAUGUUUCGCCAAGGUCAAGGCGCGCCCGGCACGGGAUGGCGCGCAGGUCGAUUGUUCUUUUCUGUACUGUGUAGUGUAGUGAAGAGGCGUGUUUGCCUGCCAUUGUUCAAAAUUUAUUUAAAAUAAAAAGUACAGCCGCAUCGGUUCCUCCCUCCAUCCCUCCAUCCCUCGCGUUCUUCUCGUACCCGAAGUUCGCUUCACCUCACCUUCCUCUCAGACCAGAACACACCAAACACAACAUCAUCUUCUUUGCUCAGGCGUUAUCGUGCAGUGUUAUUUGCGUUGGCUUCCUUCGGCUAUCACCAUAUUCAGUCGCUUUGACGACGCCCAUCUGUACGCCGUUCCGUUGAGGAACAAUCGUUGCCCGCCAUGUACCAGGCCAGCAACGUUUAUUUCAUUUGCGGCUUCUCCGCCAUUGGCGGUGGCCUCUUUGGCUUCGACAUCAGCUCCAUGUCGGGCGUGCUCGGCACCCAGGCCUACAAGCGCUACUUCAACAAUCCGGUCUCGUAUGCCCAGGGUGGUAUCACCGCUGCCAUGCCGGCCGGCAGCCUGGUCGGCUCGCUGAUGUCGUCCUUUAUUGCCGACAAGUACUCUCGCAAAGUCGCUCUCCAGAUCUCGUGCGUCCUGUGGAUCAUCGGCUCGAUCCUGAUGACGGCCGCCCAGAAUGUCGCCAUGCUCUGCGUGGGCAGGGUCAUCUGCGGCCUGUGCGUCGGUAUUGCCUCUUCGAUUGUUCCCGUCUACCAGGCCGAGAUUGCCCCCAAGGAGAUCCGUGGUCGUGUCGUCUCGCUGCAGCAGUGGGCUAUCACCUGGGGAAUCUUGAUCCAGUACUUCAUCCAAUUCGGCGCGGCUGAGGGCAUCGGCGGCGGCUCCAAGGACCCGAACCAGCCGACUGCUGCCUUCCGCAUCCCCUGGGGCGUCCAGAUGGUGCCGGCCUUCAUUCUCCUCGUCGGCCUUUUCUUCUUCCCGUACAGCCCUCGAUGGCUCGCGUCCAAGGAUCGAUGGGAGGAGGCCCUGGAGGUGCUCGCCAGGCUCCACGGCAAGGGCGAUUUGAACCACCCCAAGGUGCUUGCGCAGUACCAGGAAAUCGAGGAGGCCCUGCGCUUUGAGCGAGAGCAGGCUACGUCGUCCCUCAAGGUGCUUGUCUCGCCGCGGAUGCUGAAGCGCGUGGUGCUGGGAAUGAGCAUUCAAAUGUGGUCUCAACUUUGUGGCAUGAACAUCAUGAUGUACUACAUUGUCUACAUCAUGGAGGGCGCCCAGAUUGCUUCGCCCCUUGCGACAGCCUCGAUUCAGUAUGUGAUCAACGUCGCCCUGACGCUGCCCGCCAUCAUCUUCCUGGACAAAUGGGGCCGCCGGCCUUCUCUGAUCCUGGGCUCCUUCGGCAUGAUGACCUGGCUCUUCAUCUCUGGUGCACUCCAGCAAUACUACGGCCAGCCGAACACGGACCAGACGCGCAACGCGGACAAUAGCGACAUCACGUGGAUCGUGCUCAACAACCGGCCCGUCUCGUCCGCCAUCGUCGCGUGCUCCUACCUCUUCGUUGCCACCUUCGCCACGACCUGGGGCCCCGUCUCGUGGACCUACCCGGCCGAGAUCUACCCGAGCCGGGUCCGCGCCAAGGCCGUCUCCCUUUCGACCGCGUCCAACUGGUUCUGGAACAUGGUGCUCGCCUUUGCCGUGCCGCCGCUGCUCUGGAACAUCAACUACAAGAUGUACUACAUCUUCGGCGCUUUCAAUGCUGCGGCCUUCAUCCACAUGACGCUGUUCGCGCCCGAGACCAAGGGCUACACGCUCGAGGAGAUGGAUGAGGUCUUCGACUCGGGCCGACCGGCGUGGAAGGCGCACAAGAAGACCAGCCGUCUGGACGAGCUCCAGCGGGAGAUCGAGGCUGGCCACCUCAAGGUGUCCGUCCCCUUGGGCGGGCAGGCUGCUGCCGCCUCGGCUGCAGAGGCGGAGAAGAAGGCGGAGCCUACGACCGCGGCCACAGCCGCGCCCGGAUCUUGAAUCAAGCACAAGAUGCUUGAUGAACCAUGUGGAGGGUGGUCACAUUGGAAAGCUUACUUGAGUAGGAAAGCUGACUGGAGGAGGGGGAGCGAUCGAGCUCUAGUAGGAUUGUAAACUAGAGCUGCAGUGCCAAUAGUGACCACAUUACCCCGUUCUGCGGGGUUUAUGAACCGAUCUGUGAU